CUGAUUUAUAUUGGAAUGAGUUUUUCAUCAAGUUGCUUAUGACUUAUAGAGGUCACUGUCCUGUUUUGACUCCGAAAUGAGCCCAGUCUCUUCUCCCCAAACCCUGCAAAUUUUUCCCCUUCAGUAUUUAUCCAGUUCCUUUUUGAAAGUUCCAAUGGUAUCUGCUUUCAUAGCACCUUCAGGCAGUGUGUUCCAGAUCACAACACCCCACUGUGUCAAUGUUAUUUUCUUCAUGCUGUUUCUAAUUAUUUUAUCAUUUAGUUUAAAUCCGUGCCAUCUGGUCACCCAUUCACAUACUCUGGAUUUACUCUAUCUUUACUCAUUCAUAAUACCGAACAUUUCUCCCCUUAGAGCAGCGAAGGAGCUGAUGUUUAAUAAUUGAAGACUCACCCGGUCUCCUCAGAUCAAUGGCUUGUAUUCCACUGAGACUAGAGCAGUGAAGAAAUGAUGAUGAGUGAGUCCUGUGACAGCCCGAGCACCCAGCCUCAUCACCUCCCUGAGGGAGAGUCUGACCUAGAGCGGGAGGAUGAGCUGGAGCUCCAGGCCCAGGAGUACGUGGACCGGGUGCGGAACCCUGAAAUGUCUGGCCCUCGACCCCAAAGCUGCCCCCCAGAGCCAAGCAGCGAAAGCCAACUUCGUGUCAGCAAGUCAAGUGCUUCAGACCUGAGUGUGAAACUGCGUUCCAGCCAGGUGCUGGCUGGAGACACUGGUCAGUCAGGUCUGCUGUCCCUCCCCUGGGAGCUGGUGCUGGAGAUCUGCUCAUAUCUGGAUGCCAGGUUUGUGCUCGGAGUGUUGCCAUUGGUCUGUCGAGCAUUCCAGUGUGUCCUGACUGAUGAGGUGACUUGGAGAAUCCGGGCCCAGAAGAUCCUGGGGCUGAGCUACCCAGUGUUGGAAGGAAAGAAAUUUGAUUGGCCGUCAGCAUGUAUUGAGCUUGAGGAGCAUCUGUCUCAUUGGUCCACCAGUAACCCAAAGGUUCAACAUUUCUCACUGAGCGAUGGACAUUUUGCCUCCGUCGACUCUGUCUUGUUGAUUCAGAAUGCUUCGCUGUGUGUUUCGGGAUCCAGGGAUCGGAAUGUGAAUAUCUGGGACCUGAGACGUUUAGGGCAGGAUGGGGAGAAGGUUCUGGUGAAAACUCUCGGAGACCAACCACGGGGGACUCACAGGGGUUGGGUUUGGGCUCUUGCAGCACAGGACCACAUGCUGUGCUCUGGAUCGUGGGACAGUAGUGUCAAGCUCUGGGACAUGGCUUCAGAGGGGGCAGGAGUGCGAGAGAUCAGGGGGAAGGCAGCUGUGCUGUGUCUGGUUUACCAGCCUGAUGUACUGGUUACUGGAUCGUACGACAAGACUGUAACCUUGUAUGACCCGAGAGCCGGUUACCCAGUGUUGGCCAGUCGCAAGCUACACUCCAGCGCUGUGCUCUGUCUCGCUGCCAAUGACCACUUUGUCCUUUCAGGCAGUGAGGAUCGGACAUUAGUUGUGGUUGAUCGACGAACCAAUCAUAUUCUCCAAAAGCUACAGUUGGAUUCCUAUCUGUUGACCAUGUCGUAUGCUCACGGUCAGCUGUGGGCUGGGGACAAGUGGGGACUGGUCCAUGUCUUUGACCAACAGGGUGGCAGCUUCCAGCACGUCAAGUGUUUUAAUGUUGGCCACCGCUCACAGCUUACAGGAAUCAAACAGUCCCUCGGGACCUUGUACACUUCGUCAACAGAUAAAAGUAUCAAGGUGCAUGUGCCUACAGAGCCUCCACACACAGUUUGCACUUUACCACAUGUUGAUGUAGUGAAUGGGAUCAGUGUGGAGGGAGACGUGUUGGCAGCUGCUUCGGGAUCAAUGACUGUGGAAAUCUGGAGGAGGACAAAGUGACGAAGAGACUGGUUUGAGCUUGGAGAGUGGUUCAGGCUCUUGAGAGGCUCUUCAGUUGUUGGACAGUCUCAUCUUUACCAGGGCUGCAGGCAGGCAACUGGUGGUUUUGGUGGGUGGGGUUCCCUCUUAAACACGACUACUCAUGUCAUGUGACUGCAAACUCCUCCCACCACCCCUACCCAAAAUGUCCUAAUGCAUUAAAUUCCUAUUGAACAAGACACUUAAUAUAUUAAUAUUAUUCCUGUCGUCACUUGCAUCUCGUGUUUCCAUGUGACACUGGAACAUGCUGAUAGUGUAGAAAUGUGUGGCCCUGACCAAACCCCUCCUUGGUCAGCAAAUGGGGCCACAGUUAGACCUGAGUCUCUGUCUUGGGGUGAGUUUCUGGAAAGGUCUGGUCGUUAACCCCUUUCUAAGCCAGUGCACGCCUACAGCCACCAGAUUACAGCAAGCAUAGAGAAUACAAUGUGUCUGUGGAAUAGAUCCUGCUUUGUGAACACGAAUAGAAGACAUUUGAAGGGGUUAAUGCCAGCAAUCAGGCUGGUGUCCUGAAUGGUCAGUGCCGCUCGCUGAGAUCUGUAGGGAGCAUUAACCUUGCAGACCUGACUGUCUGACUGGUGUUUGAGUUGUGCACUGCUGAGUGGUAAUCUCCCAAUGUCAUGGCAACCACAUCCUGUAAACCCCCAUCCCCACCGCCCACCCCCGAACUGGUCUGGUCCCUUGAUUCCACAGGCAGCCUCUGCUCUGUAAGUAGGUAAUAACAGCAGGAGCUUCAGAUACGGCGGCUUCACCGUCAGUCUGAUUCCUCAGGCUGGUGUUACCACCCAAGUCGGAAGGUAAUGUGUGUUCAAGUCCUGCUGUCGGGGUAGGGAGUGCUGCACUGGCACAGCUACCAUUUAUUUGAGACAUCAAACAGCAGGCCUGGGUUUCUUCGCAAGUGGGUGUAGACAGUCCCGCAAGGCACUACAUUCCAAAGGAGGACAGGGGAGUUAAAUAAUGACUUUUUAAACAGUUGUUAAAUAUACUUAUUACGAAAACAUGCACACGUCCUGACCAAUGUAUAUCCCUGAAGCAACAUCACGAAAACAGAUUCUCUGGUGAUUUACCUCAUUGUUGUUUGUGGAAUCUUGCUGUUCAAAUUGGCUGCUGCAUUUCCAGAGUUAUAAUAGUGAGUGCAUUUGGAAAUUACUUUGAGCUUGUCAAAGUUUUAUGAUUGGAAAUGGAAGUCUUGUUCUUGUAAUAUUUGUUUAAUUUGCUAAGGGGCUGACCUGGAGAAUUCCUUUGCUGCUACUGUGACAUUGACUGACUAGCUUUAAUAGUGUGCUUCUGGAAUAAGAAUACAAUUUAAAUUAAGAAAGAACCUCUCUAACACCUCUGGGACUGGCUUGUUCCCUCUCUGUAUGUGCUGUGUCAUGUUACAAAUGGAGAAACAGAGAAGCAUUUGCUUAAAGGCCCAGACAGCCAGUGCGCGCUCAUUCCACAGAGCAGCAGCUCAACAAAACAGCAACAAUGCACAAAUGGCAGAAAAUAACUUGAACGUGGGAGAAUAUUUAUUAAUAAAAAUAAAAGAUUUGAACAGC